AUGUACAGUUUCAUGGCGGCAUUUACGUGGAUUUUCUUGAUGUGCCAGAUCACCAUCGUUUGGACCACUCGAACUCUCUCGCCCCCUGAGCCCGUGCUUAGCGACGAGGUGGUGCCAGGCUUCGUUUUGGUGGAUCAAAUUGACAACACCAGGUGUCCGGAAGGAUCUCGCCAUAUCAACGAAAAAGCAGAGAGCAAAGACAAGCGUGAGUCCGAAUGCAAAAAAUUCGAAGGUGCCUGGUUUUCUGAGGGCUUCACUUGGACUUCGCGGGAUGAUGAGAUUUGCUCCCUCCACUUCAAUGGGAAGAAGAAGAGAAUAUGCAGAUAUAAAGAAGCUGCCGCAAUAUGCCCAGAAAUACUGAAAGAACGGCAAAUGAAGAAGUACAAAACAGAUGAGGGCUUCGGUCCGUUUGUGUGCAUGGAUGUGGAUACCUUCAAACAAGUUGCUGCUGUGAACGCAGACACGUUCUGCAAGAGGGGCAGCGAUAACAGGGUUCAGUGCAUAGACCAAGAUGAAGCUGUUCGGGAUGCCACAGACCACCAAUACGGGUGCAUUUUCAUUGAGGAUCCUGAUGGUGGUCGGGAAGGACGCUGCGAGAAAUUUGACGCUGAUGAAGAUGAAGAAGAAGACAUCGGGUUAGACUCCUUUGCACCUGAGCCGUACUAG